ACGUGACUUGUGUCAACGAUUUGGAUUUGGAUUUUACUUUUCGCUCCACUAUACGGUAUAUAUGGUUAGCUGCGUUUAUUUUGAAUGCGUCCGCAGUUUACUGAUCGUUUGUACUUCUUUAAUAUAUUGAGAAGUACGGGUGUGCACAAUGGUUCAAAUAGUCAUAAGAGGGAGUGUUGAUGGCAGCAGUCCUCCGGAGUGGCUGUUGAUCGAGCUGCAGGGAGAGAUGAUAUCCAGACAUAACUCGGGCCUCGCGGGAAGCGUGAUGGGAGACCUGAUCUACACCCAAGAGGGGGUGCCCGUGUUGAUAGUAGGACAUCACAUAUUGUACGGGAAGCUGGUCAAAUUGGAGAAAGCCUUUGCCGUCCUGACUAAGCAUCCUGCCCAAUCGCAGGGCGUUCUGGGCAGCACCGGCAGCCAUGAUGGCUCCCAGGUUGCCAUGGAAACAGAGCUGCACGGAUCCACCUCCUAUUCCGUUUCUGCACUCAUCAAGAGAAAACUUAUCUUUAAGACGCGACCCAAACCCAUCAUCACAAACGUACCCAAGAAAGUAUAGUGCGGCCGGACCGCAUGUUAUUAUGUAGUGUAAGCAUAUAUUAUGGAAAACGCGUUUUAAUGUUUGCGUGCAAGUAGUUCGGUCUCUGGAGCUGGACUGGCUGAAUUUCCAGAGCGAAAGAACCACUUUGACGAUCAUGUCAAAGCUAAAAGUUAGGCAGAGAUUCCAUGUUAGCACAUAUUUAACUGCGGGACCAGCAUUAGCUUCUGAUAAUGAUAAUGGUUGGCGAUGGCCUGGAGCGGCGCAAUAUUUACCAGUAGUGUGACUGUUUGGUGAUGUUUCCAUGUGUCAGAAAAAAACAAAACACUUUCAUUAUCUUUGGUGCUCGUUUAUUUUCCACACUCUGCUUCUGUUUGUAUAAGCUAGCAGCGAGGGGGGAGGGGAGGGAUUUAUUGGAACGUAUUUUCAAAUACUGUUGUCAUUGUGUGGGCUGCCUGUUUUGAAAAACGGUAUUUUAUUAAAGCAUUAUAGUACGUA